AUGAAGACGAACAACAUUCACACAACACACUCGGAGACCCCCAAAAAUGCAACUCGGACGGACCAACUAUGCCUGAAAUCGGAUUACUCUAUGUCAAAUGGGCAAUCCGAGAAGAAGCGGCCUGGAACAAAGAUUGUAGAGGCUGCCAUCAAGAAACUGAAAUCCAAAGGUAUCCCCACCCCUGAAAUCAUCGAACAAACCAUCGAAUCCAUGGUUGACUCCAUCCAGAAAUCCAUAGAGACGGCAUCUAAAAGAGCUUCACUGGAACAAACACCCUUCCCAAACUCAAAUGCUGAAGUAGCAAAACCAGAUUUGUGGAAAUCCGAAUGGACAGUAGUCGACAGCUCAUCCGAAUCAGAAAAGGACAUCGAGACCAACCCAGUACCAUCGUCUAGCCAAGAAAGAGAAAGAUCAAGGUCCCCAAGAGCCAGAAAUCAAUUCAGUCCAAAAAUCAAGGACAUAUUUAAGCCAACAAGAAACAGAGCCGUUCCGAUUCCGGACCCCGAGAUCCUGGCCACUGAUGCAGAAAAUCCUGUAACAGAAUCUGAUGCCGCGCUGGCAGUCAUUGAAAACACCCUUGGUUACGAGUUCAGACAAAAGGAACAUCUAAAACUGGCUCUGACUCACAUUUCUACAAAACCAAACAAGGUUCCAAGUGAAGACAGUGACCGGUUGGAGACGCUGGGGGACAAAUUACUGGGCGCCUUGGUGAUGGCAAUAUGCUACACAACAUGCCCUACUUAUGGAGCAGGUGAAUUGGCUAACCUAACUUCCAUGAUCACCUCCUGCAACGAUACUUUCGCGGUGCUAGCAGUAAGAAUGGGACUGCAUGUCCAUCUGAACCACAACAUGAAUAAGACGAAUGUACUGGCUUUAAAGGAAUUCUUGAGACUGCAAGACCUAAACGGACACCUAUACCCGCACGAAUACAUUCCAAUCCUGGUCCCAACAGCUAUUCCAGGUGAAAGGAUUGCUAUUGGAAUCGAAUACCCGAAGGUUUAUGCGGAUCUUUUCGUGGCGCUUGCAGCGGCUGUUUAUGUUGACUGCGAUGAACACUUUGACUCUUUUCGCCGUGUCUUUUUUCCAAUAAUGAAACUAACAAUAGAUAAUUUCACGACUCACAAUCCCAGAUGUCCAAUAAGCCUAUGUUUUAUAAAUGCUCGCGGCGAACAAAUAAUCUACACCACCGAAAAAUCACUGGCGGAUGGAAGAAUCUGCAUAUGUUUCGAUGAAAAUCGGAAUACAAUCUUUCAAAGGAACCGGGCCAACAUUCAAAUCGACAAAAAUUGCGGCCACUAAAUUUGCCCUGGCUUCCUUACCCUGGAAUGAAGUGUCUUCAAGUAAACGCACCCAAAGUGAAGCAGUACUAGUGGCCAGUGGGUCGGAUGAAAAUCUCAAAAGGUCAAGGAAGAAAAGUGGAUGUUAAACAUUAAAGUGUCAUUUUUUCAUCUUUAACAAAAUUUACUGAUCAAUGUAAAAUAAAUUAUCGAAAUUUAUGCUGAAAUUGAGGGAAAAAAUGGAAAACGCAGGUCCCAUUGAUCAUUUUCGGUACGCAGGAAAAUCUCGUUUUCCAAUCUGCUUUUUUUCAAAAUAUUUAAUUGAUUGCCUCAGUCACGCCUGCCUUCAACUAGAUGUCGAGACAAGACAUCCUAUAGGGCUGUUCGACAUCUUUUUUAACAUUUGUUGCCAUCGUGGCAACGCAGCAACUCAUGUAUUUUUUGUCUGCUACGAGUGACUUGUUUAUUCUGUGAAAUAUGAAAGUUUGUAUUUAGAUUAAAACAAUCACCAAAUUUUUAAUUAUCUGAUUGAUAGGUAUUCUGCAUAAUGAAUACUAAAAAAGGUUCUGUGAGUAGAAGGUGCAAAGUGUCAAAUUGCCGUAACCUGAAAAGUGCAAGUGUAAAACUGUAUAGUUUACCAAAGGAGGGUGUAAGGCGAGACUUGUGGUUGGAGAGAAUGAAUUAUAUCAUCGACACCAACUUGAAAAAUCUGUAUGUGUGUUCGUUACAGGAAAGCCGAGUGGAGAAUUCUACAAAAAAACAUGUUGAUCGGGCACCCUCUAUAAAUUUGGGAUCAAAUAACACGAAACAAUUUCUA